ACUACUAAUAUGCUACUACUAUACUACUGCAAGACUACUGCUAUACUACUACUACUGUACUACUAGAAUGCUAUAGGAACUAUAGUAGGAGACGUGUUACAUCAUUAUAGUAGGAGAGAGGUACUACACUGUUACUACUAGAAUACUACUACUAUACUACAACUAUACUACUACUAUACUACCACUAUACUACUACUAUACUACUGCUAUACUACUAGAAUACUAUGGGAACUAUAGGAGGGGCGGUGCUACAUCCUUACAGUAGAAGAGAGGUACUACACUGUUACUACUAGAAUACCACUACUAUACUACUACUAUACUACCACUAUACUACUACUAUACUACUACUAUACUACUGCUAUACUGCUACUAUACUACCAAUAUACCACUGCUAUACUACUACUAUACUACUAAUAUACUGCUACUAUACUACUAAUAUACUACUACUAUACUACCACUAUACUACUACUAUACUACUGCUAUACUGCUACUAUGCUACCAAUAUACCACUACUAUACUACUACUAUACUACUAAUAUACUGCUACUAUACUACUAAUAUACUACUACUAUGCUACUACUAUACUGCUACUGUACUACCGCUAUACUACUACUAUACUACUAAUAUACUACUACUAUACUACUACACUACUACUAUACUACUACUAUACUACUACUAGAAUACUACUAUACUAUUGCUACAGCCUUACAGUAGGAGAGAGAUGCUGGGAAACCUAACAGUAGUGCCCAUCAAGGUUCCUCAGGUCAGCCCUCUACACCGGCUGUCUGGACAGGCCUCCACUGUUCUACCUCAGGUUCAGCCAAAGAGUGUGAUCCCAGCCAGCCUCCUCCUCAGCCACAGCCCUGUGUCUCUCCCUAAGGAGCAGCCAGCCAGCCAGAAACAGUCAUCCUGUCAGACCCUCAGUCUCCUCAACCUCCAGAGAGCUACCGCUGUAGUCAGCCCUAAGAGCCACGCCCACAACUUUAACCACACCCACAGCUCUAGCCACACCCUCACCCAGAGCCACACCCUCGGCCCGGCCCUGCCUACAGCCAACAGCACGUUCAGCCCAGAACGCCUCUCCGUAGGCCAGGGAGACACAGCCACCAGCACAACCUCCUCACCCCCUCCCCUGGCCCAGACUCUGGCCUCUCCCCUGGCCUCUCUCCAGCCCCAGACCCUGGCCUCUCCCCUGGCCCAGACCCUGGCCUCUCCCCUGGCCCAGACCCUGGCCUCUCUCCAGCCCCAGACCCUGGCCUCUCCCCUGGCCUCUCUCCGGACCCUGGCCUCUCUCCAGCCCCAGACCCUGGCCUCUCUCCAGCCCCAGACCCAGUCUCUCGCCCAGACCCAGUCUCUCUCCCCGGCCCAGAUCCAGUCUCUCUCCCCGGCCCAGACCCAGUCUCUCUCCCUGGCACAGACCCAGUCUCUCUCCCUGGCACAGACCCAGUCUCUCACCCUGGCCCAGACCCAGUCUCUCUCCCUGGCCCAGACCCAGUCUCUCACCCUGGCCCAGACCCAGUCUCUCACCCUGGCCCAGACCCAGUCUCUCACCCCGGCCCAGACCCAGUCUCUCUCCCUGGCCCAGACCCAGUCUCUCACCCCGGCCCAGACCCAGUCUCUCUCCCUGGCCCACCCCCAGUCUCUCUCCCCGGCCCAGACCCAGUCUCUCUCCCUGGCCCUAGCCUGGCCUGGAGGCCUCUCCUCCAUCUCCCCCACCUCUACCAGCCCAACAGCCACCUCAGCCUCAGUACCCCCCGGUGUGACCUUCUCAGUCAUCUCUGCCUCGCCGCCCGCCGACACCGGGAACAACAGGGUGUGGACCAUCAGUGAGGCAGUCAAGGUCCAGCCGCUGGUCUUCAACACUGACAAUAAGAAGAAGCUGGCUGUUAGGAGUUGUCUCGUAGGAGGGACCAUCAAGCCCCUCUCCCUCAUCAAGCCCCCUCCUCCUCUCUCCUCCCAAAGCAUCUCCAUCUCCGUUCUACCGGCCAACCCGGUCGCCAAGACAGCUCCCGUUGCCAUGGUGACCGCGCACAUGACCGGUGGACAAAAGGUGGUGUCGGGAACGGCAGCUCCAGGGAGCUCCUCCUCUCCUCCUCCUCUACAGACCUCCUCCAUCAACCUCCAGACCAAUAGAGGAUCGGGAGGGGUGGUACUACAGCCUUACAGUAGGAGAGAGAUGCUGGGAAACCUAACAGUAGUGCCCAUCAAGGUUCCUCAGGUCAGCCCUCUACACCGGCUGUCUGGACAGGCCUCCACUGUUCUACCUCAGGUUCAGCCAAAGAGUGUGAUCCCAGCCAGCCUCCUCCUCAGCCACAGCCCUGUGUCUCUCCCUAAGGAGCAGCCAGCCAGCCAGAAACAGUCAUCCUGUCAGACCCUCAGUCUCCUCAACCUCCAGAGAGCUACCGCUGUAGUCAGCCCUAAGAGCCACGCCCACAACUUUAACCACACCCACAGCUCUAGACACACCCUCACCCAGAGCCACACCCUCGGCCCGGCCCUGCCUACAGCCAACAGCACGUUCAGCCCAGAACGCCUCUCCGUAGGCCAGGGAGACACAGCCACCAGCACAACCUCCUCACCCCCUCCCCUGGCCCAGACUCUGGCCUCUCCCCUGGCCUCUCUCCAGCCCCAGACCCUGGCCUCUCCCCUGGCCCAGACCCUGGCCUCUCUCCAGCCCCAGACCCUGGCCUCUCCCCUGGCCUCUCUCCAGACCCUGGCCUCUCUCCAGCCCCAGACCCUGGCCUCUCUCCAGCCCCAGACCCAGUCUCUCGCCCAGACCCAGUCUCUCUCCCUGGCCCAGAUCCAGUCUCUCUCCCCGGCCCAGAUCCAGUCUCUCUCCCCGGCCCAGACCCAGUCUCUCUCCCCGGCCCAGACCCAGUCUCUCUCCCCGGCCCAGACCCAGUCUCUCUCCCCGGCCCAGACCCAGUCUCUCACCCUGGCCCAGACCCAGUCUCUCACCCCGGCCCAGACCCAGUCUCUCACCCCGGCCCAGACCCAGUCUCUCUCCCCGGCCCAGACCCAGUCUCUCUCCCUGGCCCUAGCCUGGCCUGGAGGCCUCUCCUCCAUCUCCCCCACCUCUACCAGCCCAACAGCCACCUCAGCCUCAGUACCCCCCGGUGUGACCUUCUCAGUCAUCUCUGCCUCGCCGCCCGCCGACACCGGGAACAACAGGGUGUGGACCAUCAGUGAGGCAGUCAAGGUCCAGCCGCUGGUCUUCAACACUGACAAUAAGUUGAAAAUCAUCCAGCCAGAGGCUGCUCCCCCCAGCUCCUCCCAGGACUCCCCAGGAGGACCCCAGGGAGCCGACAGCCCCUCCACCUCUCCCUCCUCUACACCAGCCAAGAAGAAGAAGAAGCAGAAGGACGAGGACCCAGAGAAAAUGUCCUUCAUGGUGGCUCUUGGCCUGGUCACUACAGAGACACUGGAAGAGAUCCAGAUCAAGAGACAGGAGAGGAAGAGACGAAGCACAGCCAACCCAGCCUAUAGCGGCCUGGUCCAACCAGAGCGUAAACGCCUUGCAUUAAAUUACCUGAACAACCCACUCUUCCUGUCAGUGAGAGCCACUGGGGACUACAGAUGGAAGGAAGAGCUGGAGCACGACGACCACUGCUCUGUGUGUAAGGAGGACGGAGAGCUGCAGCUCUGCCACAACUGUCCCAGAGCCUACCACCCUGACUGCCUGCACCCUCCUCUCAGAACACCGCCCCGGGGGGUCUGGGUCUGCACCAAGUGUCAGAAGAAGGUUCUGAACAAAGAGAACAUGUCGUGGCCACAGAACUUUGUCCAGUCCUAUGUUACACACAAGACUGUGAGAGAGGGCGAGAAGAGGAGUCUGCUCAGGAGGAAUGUAGAGCUGAAGAAGGAGUGUGCUCACCUGGAGGAGCAGGACCAGCAACUCAGCAAGUCCCUCACGCAGAAGGUGAUGGACGUGCGGGAUCGUCUGAUUGGUCAACAGAGGGACACCCAGUCCUCCCUGGAGCGUCUCAAGGCUCUGAUUCGUCUGAUCCAAAGAGACCAGAUGAUCCAGGUUACCAUGACAGCCACCGCCACCACCACCGGAGUGUCCCUGCUCUCCCUGCCCUGGAUCAAACCCUCCGCCGCCGCCGCCGCCACACACACAGUGCCCCCUGCUGGACCGUCUAUGCUACUGCAGCAGAAGAGUCUGAUCAUGCCACAGUCUCAGACACAGAGCCAGGGCAAUGUCUGAGCUCUAGUAGUACCACCCCAGCCCACCAGGGGGCACAGUUCAAUUCUGCGCCCCAAACAGCACUCUAUUCUCUAUAUAGUGUAGAACUUUUAAUAACGGACCCAUAGGGGAAGUUUGAAAGACAUGUCUAUUUGGCAUCAGAGCCCUGGUCUAAAGUAGUGCACUAUAUAGGGAAUAGGGCUCUGGUCUAAAAUAGUGCACUAUAUAGGGAAUAGGGCUCUGGUCUAAAGUAGUGCACUAUAUAGGGAAUAGGGCUCUGGUCUAAAGUAGUGCACUAUAUAGGGAACAGGGUUCUGGUCUAAAGUAGUGUACUAUAUAGGGAACAGGGUUCUGGUCUAAAGUAGUGUACUAUAUAGGGAAUAGGGCUCUGGUCUAAAGUUGUGCACUAUAUAGGGAAUAGGGUGCCAUUUGGGACUCAGGCGAAUAAUCCAUGCCACGUGGCCACCUGCGGAUUGGCAGGACACCUCACAGAGACAAUGAAGACAACACAUUUUUUUGUUGAAGAAGAAGAAGUCAGAGACUCCAUUGAAACCAUUGAACAUUAGUGAACCGUACGGUUGAAGAGCUGAAGGGGGGAUGAACGAGAAACACUCUAAAAAAACAUCUUCCUUUUUCACUAGAUUUCAUGACAAGUAUUUUUUAAACCCAACACCUACAGUGCUUACGAGAUUUAUUUUAUUUAUAGUUUUUUUAAUUAUUAUUAUUAUUGUAAUUAUUAAUGUUUCUUGGCCUUAAUGUAUUUAUUAUGACUGUCAGAAGCUAGAUCACAGUGCUGCAAAUUAAAUAGGUAUUUUCUGUGUGGCUGAAAAAUAUUUUCAGAUUUGUUUUUUAAUUUUUUAAAAACUGGUAUAAUAAUUGUUCUGCAUAUAUAGAGAGAGAGACAACGCUAGAGUAGUUAGUUACAAAUGAACAAUGGAACGAUAUGAAGAAGUGGGAACAAAGGACUGCUAUAAAUCAGAGUUGGUCUCUGUGAACAAUAUUAGCCAUAAUUAUCAGGUGAUUAAGGGGGGAAAAGGCCCCGGGGGGAGAAGUUUUCAUUGUGUAUGUACGGAAAAAGCAUACAAGCCUUCAAAAACAAAAAACAAGAGAAUCACAUUUUUUUCUUUUCAGUAUUAGUAUAGUUUAAAAGAAAAAAAGUAUUUUAAAAUGACUACAGAAUUGAGUCUUUCUAGAGGAGAGUUGAGUAUUUUCAUGCUUGUUGAUGACUUAGUUUGAGUACUGAUGGAGUUUAGAUGGAAGGGACAUCGUUGUAUAUCCCGGGUCCUUCUCCAUGUUAUUGUUACUGGAUUCACAACCACAACACCCCCCCCAGCUGCACUCAAAAGCGGCCAUUUUGAACCGUCCUGUAAUUGUGUGAUCCAAACCAUUUUAAUCCCUUUCUUUUCACCACUAUAGAAAAUAUGCCAAAAAAACGUUAUAUUUAGUACUGGGAAGUCCUGUGUACGUAUCAAAUAUGUCUGGCAUGCUUUUUAAUCCCUGCCUGGUUUUAUAUAUUUAAAAAAUAUAUUUUGUCGCUUUCACACUAUUUUUUAUUUUUUUUAAACUCUAGUUGUGUGAUGUUUGUUAUGAUGACUUGACAUUUGAAGAGCCUGAUGAUUUGAACUGUUUCUAGUCUGCCAGACGGUACAAACAAACUGUUUCUAGUCUGCCAGACGGUCCAAAUGAACUGUUUCUAGUCUGCUAGACGGGACAAACGAACAGGUUUCUAGUCUGCUAGACGGUACAAACAAACUGUUUCUAGUCUGCUAGACGGUACAAACAAACUGUUUCUAGUCUGCUAGACGGUACAAACAAACUGUUUCUAGUCUGCUAGACGGUCCAAACAAACUGUUUCUAGUCUGCUAGACGGUACAAAUGAACAGGUUUCUAGUCUGCUAGACGGUACAAAUGAACUGUUUCUAGUCUGCUAGACGGUCCAAAUGAACUGUUUCUAGUCUGCUAGACGGUCCAAACAAACUGUUUCUAGUCUGCUAGACGGUCCAAACGAACUGUUUCUAGUCUGCUAGACGGUCCAAAUGAACUGUUUCUAGUCUGCUAGACGGUCCAAAUGAACUGUUUCUAGUCUGCUAGACGGUCCAAAUGAACUGUUUCUAGUCUGCCAGACGGUACAAAUGAACAGGUUUCUAGUCUGCUAGACGGUACAAAUGAACUGUUUCUAGUCUGCUAGACGGUACAAAUGAACUGUUUCUAGUCUGCUAGACGGUACAAACGAACAGGUUUCUAGUCUGCUAGACGGUCCAAAUGAACUGUUUCUAGUCUACUAGACGGUACAAACGAACAGGUUUCUAGUCUGCUAGACGGUACAAACGAACAGGUUUCUAGUCUGCCAGACGGUACAAACAAACUGUUUCUAGUCUACUAGACGGUACAAACGAACAGGUUUCUAGUCUGCUAGACGGUACAAAUGAACUGUUUCUAGUCUACUAGACGGUACAAAUGAACUGUUUCUAGUCUACUAGACGGUACAAAUGAACUGUUUCUAGUCUGCUAGACGGUACAAACAAACAGGUUUCUAGUCUGCUAGACGGUACAAACAAACUGUUUCUAGUCUGCCAGACGGUACAAACGAACAGGUUUCUAGUCUGCUAGACGGUCCAAAUGAACUGUUUCUAGUCUACUAGACGGUACAAACGAACAGGUUUCUAGUCUGCUAGACGGUACAAACGAACAGGUUUCUAGUCUGCUAGACGGUACAAACGAACAGGUUUCUAGUCUGCUAGACGGUACAAACGAACAGGUUUCUAGUCUGCUAGACGGUACAAACGAACAGGUUUCUAGUCUGCUAGACGGUACAAACGAACAGGUUUCUAGUCUACUAGACGGUCCAAACGAACAGGUUUCUAGUCUACUAGACGGUACAAACGAACAGGUUUCUAGUCUGCCAGACGGUACAAACGAACAGGUUUCUAGUCUGCCAGACGGUCCAAACGAACAGGUUUCUAGUCUGCUAGACGGUACAAAUGAACUGUUUCUAGUCUGCUAGACGGUACAAAUGAACUGUUUCUAGUCUGCCAGACGGUACAAACGAACAGGUUUCUAGUCUGCUAGACGGUACAAACGAACAGGUUUCUAGUCUGCUAGACGGUACAAAUGAACAGGUUUCUAGUCUGCUAGACGGUCCAAACAAACUGUUUCUAGUCUGCUAGACGGUCCAAAUGAACUGUUUCUAGUCUGCUAGACGGUCCAAACGAACAGGUUUCUAGUCUGCCAGACGGUCCAAACGAACAGGUUUCUAGUCUGCUAGACGGUCCAAACGAACAGGUUUCUAGUCUGCCAGACGGUCCAAAUGAACUG